GCGCGUGUCGCGGCGCGAUGCGCGCGAAAAGCUGAAACCUGUCAAUGUCAAAAAUGAGUUACGCGGCGGCCAUGUUCGACAAUUUUGACAGAUUCGAAAUUCAAAACAAGGAUUCGAAUUGUUGUGAUGUGAAGAGUGAACGGCAGAAUGACGGUGACCAUGUUCAGCAUGUGUUGGGUCCUAGUAGGAGGUGUUUGGCGUGGGCUUGUAAGGCCUGCAAGCGGAAAACAGCGGCUGUGGACCGGCGGAAGGCAGCUACGCUGAGAGAAAGGCGCCGGUUACGGAAAGUAAAUGCAGCAUUUGAAGAAUUAAGAAUACGCGCCAGGGCUGGCAGCGGGCGACUUCCGAAGUUAGAAAUAUUGCGAGCUGCUAUACAGCACAUAGAGAGGUUACAAGCAGCCCUGCGCGCUGCUGCCGCUCUGGAGUCGGAGAGCUGUAAGAACUACGUGGAGCCGACCAGUUCGCGAGCUGAGAAAGAAAAAGUCGAUAGAGAGAAACCCUUUUUAAAUGGUGAAUCUCCGUGUGGGCUGAAUAGCCUAGCCCGACUGCGCUGCAUCGUGCAAGCCCUAGCAAAAGACGCGUGACGUCACAUGUAGGCUAGCAACUAGAUAAAUAUGUUCUUUAUUAAGGUGCAUUUAUACAAGCGAAUAGCGAGGCCCAUAGUGAGCACGAAAGUUGUAAAUGCACCUUUAUAAUUUAUGAUAAUUUUAUAUAGUACAAGUAAUUUAUGUGUAAAUUAUAAAGUUAAAUAAACGUUGAGUCAUCGUCAGUUGUUGUGAGAAAUUAAUUUAAUUACUACAAUAAUGCAUCGGGAUUAAUGUAGUUCACUAGCUGUCUGCUCUGGCUUCGCCCGCCUUAUUUAAUUCUGAAAAAUUUAAUCGAUGUUAUAAUGAGCGAAAUUAUUUAAACCUGACGAUGCUAUUCAGGUAAAUAAAAUAAACAAAUGAAAUUUUUGUAUUUUCACCCAUUCUUGAGAAAGCUUGAACUAAAUUUGUCCGAUUAAAACGACUUGAAAAAUAUGAUAAAUCCAGAUCUGUGUGUACUCGGUUACAGACAAACACAUUUAAAUACACAGGAGAGGCUAAUAAAAUGUGUUAAUUAAUAACAUAUACUGCUACGGUUGCUACGGUUAGGCAAGAAACGCAGGUUCGUAUCCUGCCUCGUGAUCAAUUUUUUUCUAUUCUUUCAAAAUUUCUCAUUAAUAGUAUAUAGUUAAUCUAGCCAUUAUCAGACCUUCCGAAUACAAAAACGUUUUAGCACUCGGUUAAGUCAUUUCAGUUCUACAGUGAGACGUACGAACUUUUAUAUGUAUAGAAAAUGAGAAUCUUUUUAUCACUAUUAAACAAAAUACCAGUAAAUAAUAAAAAAUAAAAGUAAUAGUUUUGGAAAUUCGAAAUUUUUUCAUACCAAUGUUUUAACCAGCAAAUUUUCAUCCAUAGUCUCG